CCCUUAGCCGAGCUGGGAAACGCAAGACAAUUAAACGACGACGUUCCCACAAAUUAUAAAAAAAUGAACUCUUCGUGGAAACGGUAAAAGCUCCCUCUUUGGAUUUCUCCGUCCUUACUUUCUCCGAUUCCAACGUCGUGAGUGUCUUAUCCUCCCACCGCUCUACGAAAUCGAAUUCUCGUUUCGCUCCAAAUGAACUUGCUGGAGAAGCUGAAGAUGCCAAGGAAGGAACCGGGUAAAGAGAAAGCACCCAAAGUCGAAGUUCCGGUUUGCUGGCUCGAAACAUCUGAUUCCGUCACUCGCCGUUACGAAUUUGUACACGACGGCUACCUCUCCGUGAAGGUGGUUAAUGAUUCAAGACCGGUCUACCAUAGGGUAGUUGAACCUUUCCUGAACAAGUUCUUUCCCUCGGGAUAUCCAUAUAGUGUGAAUGAGGGUUACCUUAGAUGCACACAAUUUCGGGCAUUGCAACACUUGUCCAGUGCAGCAUUAUCCGUUUUAUCAAGCUUGCGACCUACCCCUGCACAGGCAACUGCAGUUGGUUGGAUAUUGAAGGAUGGAAUGCAGCAUAUGGGAAAGCUCAUAUGUAGUAAUUUGGGUGCAAGAAUGAACUCAGAACCAAAACGUCGGAGAAUUUUGGCUGAUGUGCUCUAUGAUCUGGUUACGGGUUUGGAAGUUCUUUCACCUUUAUGUCCUCACCUUUUUCUUGAAGUAGCAGGGCUCGGAAUGGCAGUGGUUGCUGCAAGGGCGACUAGAUUACCAAUAUGUUCUUCAGUUGCCAAAGAAGGGAAUCUUAGUGACCUAUUUGCAAAAGGAGAGGCUAUAUCAACACUUUGCAAUGUUGUUGGUAUAGGAGUUGGGAUGCAGUUUGCAUCUACUCUUUGUUCAUCAAUGCAAGGGAAGUUGGUUGUUGGGCCUUUUCUUUCCUUCAUACGUGUGUAUAGUGUCGAUGAAGAAAUGCGAGCUGCACCAGUCAAUACAUUGAAUCCUCAGAGAACUGCCAUGAUUGUGACUGAUUUUCUAAAGACAGGAAAGGUAUCUAGUCCUGCAGAUCUCAGAUACCGAGAAGAUCUGCUAUUUCCUGGACGACUAAUUGAAGAUGCUGGGAAUGUGAAAAUAGGAAGGGCUUUGCACAAGGUUGUCAAGCCUUCAAAACUUCAGGAAUGGAAAGAAAUAUUCCCUGAAGAGAAGUUUGUUUUGAGUCAUGGAAAUAAAUGGACUGACAUGUUGUUAGAGCAUAAUGCUACAGGAGAAGAUGCACUAAGAGGUUGGCUAUUUGCUGCAUAUGCUGCAAGCAUGGAGAAUUCCUUCCAUGAGCCAAGUGUUAGUGUCAUGGACUUAAGGAAGAGUUUUGAAUCUCAUAUCAGAUAUAAAGGAAGGUCACUGGGGUACAUAAGGGUUCACAUCACCUUUGUUUUAUGAGGUGUCUUUUGUGGGACAAAACCGUGAGAUCAGAGCGGCCAGAGCGGACAAUACCUCACAAGGGUGUGAACUAUGACAAGUAAAUUGAUUUGAGACGUCGGAUGAGUGGAUAUCCAGGUCAUGGAGCGCGCGGGUCUUGAGCUUUAAGUUUCGGUCCAUGACAAGUAGUAUCAGAGACAACUCUAAACCGUUCGAUCCAUACCAAGCGCCUCGAGAGAAGUAGGAAGGAUGGCUAGCCUUCGUGAUGAGGGCGUCACGAGGCUGGGUGAGGAAAAAUGUCACGGACUUAAGGAGAAGUUUUGAAUCUCAUAUCAGAUAUAAAAAGAAGCUCAUUGGGAUAUAUAAGGGUUCACACCACCUUUGUCUUAUGAGACGUCUUUUGUGAGACAAACUUGUGAGGUCAAAGGGGUUAAAGUGGAUAAUAUCUCACAAGGGUGUGAACCGUGACAAGUAGGUUGAUUUGGGACAUCGGAUGAGUGGAUGCUUGGAUCCUAGAGUUGCGCAGGUCUGAAACUUGAGUCUCGGCUAGGUUGAUUUGGGACAUCGGAUGAGUGGAUGCUUGGAUCCUAGAGUUGCGCAGGUUUGAAACUUGAGUCUCGGCCCAUGACAUUAGUGUCUUGCAAGAUGCUUACAACAAGAUGAACAGUAUGUUCACUCCAUUUCUGUGUGAGCUGCAGGCCAAAGGUUGGCAUACUGAUCGUUUUCUUGAUGGAACGGGAAGCCGUUUUGUAUUUUGAUAUUUCAUAGUUCACUCGAUAUUCUACUCCUAGACAACAGAUAUUCAUUGUUGAAACUGAGCUGUAAAAGAGAUUGUAUUUGUUUUUAGAGGUAGUGAUGUGCCCGUAAUUUGAAUAUAGGCUGUACUUGCACUAACUUGCAUUUGAAUUUUUGGAAUGAAAAACAUCAGUAAAAUCAUCAA